AUGUCCAAACACGAAACACCCAAAUACGACAAUACAAGUCCGUGUAUGCAUAUAUCAAUAGAUCUAAUUCUGGUUCCUAUUGUUCUUAAAAUCAGCAACCUGGUACGCAACAACCUUGCAACAAACCGUCCGAUGCAACUGACCAUCUCAGGAACUUGUAGAAGAACGAUACAACAACCAGCUUCAAGGGCUAUCCAACAGGAUACCACUGCCAACCAUAAAUCCCGACUACGUUUGUUUCGCGAGUCACUGUUUAGUGUAUCUACUCCUAUCAUGCCUGAAACAAAGGGGUCUGUUAUUUGGAAGAUUUGGUCCUGCGUUUCUAGUGUCUGGACUGGAAAACAAAAACACCUCUCUGCUUCUUACAUGCUUGCGAUGUCUGGAUCCACGCCGUGUACCUGUGUUGGUACUUUGAAAGUUAACUUCAAAAAUGGUUUGCCAAAGAAAUCGUAUUAA